AUGGCGGCGCCCGUCCUGCCUUUGCAGCAGGUGAAACUCGCCUCGUUGCCCUCAACCCGCCUGACACCAGAGCAGCAAUACUGGCGAACCUUUAAGAAUCCGCUCCUGAUCCCUUCGCCUGCCAAUGGACCGGUAAAUCUGAUUACCCAGCCAUCUGCACCAUCCUCAGCUGCAGCAUUUCCCUCUUUGACACAAACCCCCGACGUCUUUACCGUCACAACCGGUGCCCGCGUCCAAAUCUACUCGAUUCGCACCCGAAAGCUCCUGCGAACAAUCACACGAUUCGACGACACUGUUCGUGGUACGGAUGUCCGGCCUGAUGGCCGCAUUCUCGUCACAGGUGAUGACACGGGUACAGUGCAGGUUUUCGAUGUCACUUCGCGGGCGAUUUUGAAGACAUGGAAGGACCACAAGCAGCCGGUGUGGGUGAGCAAGUUUUCGCCGAGUGAUCCAACGUCCCUCAUGACAACUAGCGAUGAUCGCACUGUCCGGUUGUGGGAUCUUCCGGGAGAUACCAGCGCCCGAACCUUUGUUGGCCACACCGAUUACGUUCGCAGUGGUUCAUUCAUGCCUGGCUCCAUGGCUUCAUCAGGGCUGCUGGUUUCUGGUUCUUACGAUCGCACAGUUCGCCUCUGGGAUCCCCGUGUAGAGAGCCGGGCCGCCAUGACCUUCAAAAUGGCCGCUCCGAUCGAGAGCGUCUUGCCCAUGCCAGCGGGCACCACGGUGCUUGCGGCCGCCGACAACAAGAUCGCGGUGUUAGAUAUUGUUGCGGGCAAGCCUUUGCAUAUGAUCCAGAGUCACCAGAAGACUGUGACAUCGCUUGCGCUGGCAUCUAAUGGCGAGCGAUUGCUCAGUGGUGCGUUGGAUGGACAUAUGAAGGUUUUCGAGACUACGGGAUGGAAUACGGUCUCCGGAUCCAAAUAUCCAUCACCCAUCCUCUCACUCCAGGUGAUUACGUCCGGUGUAGCAUACGAGGACAAGCAUGUCGCUGUGGGUAUGCAGUCAGGUCUGCUCUCGGUCAAGACUCGGCUCUCCGGCCAACAGAAGGUCAAGGAGCGCGAGCGCCGGAAAGAGAUGCAAGCUCUCCUGGAGGGCAAGCUGGAAGAGCAUGACCGACAGGUCGCAAAGAAGCAGAAGCUGCGCGGAUCCGGGUGGGAAAAGCGCCUUCGUGGUCGAGACUUCAUUGGUGAAGGCGUGGAUAUCGUGAUUGAAGGCCAGGACCGCAAGCGACGGAAGAAGGAGCAGCCAUGGGAGAAUGAUCUUCGGAAGGGUCGCUACUCCGUCGCUCUGGACCAAGUUCUGGCAUCGACCGACAAGACCGCCCAGCUCACCCUUCUUACAACUCUUCGGCACCGCUCCGCGUUGCGCAGCUCGCUUUGCGAUCGCGACGAAGUCACUCUUCAGCCCGUUCUCCAAUGGAUCCACAAGCACAUCCGCGAGCCCCGUUUAGUCGAUCUCUGUGUGGAGGUCGCCAUGAACCUGCUCGACAUCUAUUCGGGAAACCUUGGCCAAUCGGCUCAAAUUGAUAAGCUGGUCGACCGUCUGCACCGCCGAGUGCGCGAUGAAGUAGAGAUGGCCCAACAUGCCUGCCAAACCAAGGGUAUGUUGGAUAUGUUGAAGGCCUGA